CGCGCAGUUUUUUUUUUCUCCCCCCUUUUUGGCUUGGCGCAUCCGAAGAAUCUGUUGCAUUGGAAGGCAUGACGACGUACACCGAAUGAUAUGUACAAAUUCCUGCUCCGCACCCUGCCACGCCAAGCUUCACUCAUUCCCACACUCGGGCACAGCAGCAGCAGCAGCAACAGGAGGAACACAAGCAGCCAGACAGCAAAUACUCAGCAAAUAGACGCCAUGGAAAGAUACGACAGAAACCGACAAUGGAGGCGCCCGAAGGAUGGACAAGGUCACGUGAACAACGACUCCAGCUUUAAAGUAGUUUCGUACAACAUACUCGCCCAGGACCUGCUGAUAGAACACUUUCAUCUGUAUGGGCAAAACGGAACCAACUGCCUCAACUGGCGACGCCGCCUCCAGAACAUUCAGCGUGAAAUACUGACACUAGACCCGGACAUUCUCUGUCUCCAGGAGAUGCAGUACGACCAUAUAUGCGAUCUACUGCGGGGCCUGCGCGUGGGCAAUGGCAAGAAACUGGAGUACAUCUACAAGAAGAAGACUGGCCACCGCACCGAUGGCUGUGCCAUCAUCUACGACGCAUGCAAGUUCCAGUUGCUGGACCAGCGGCCAGUCGAGUUUUACGAUGAGAAUGUAAAGCUGCUGAAUCGCGAAAACGUGGCCCUGCUCGCCAAACUCGCACUGAAAGGGCAGAAGAAGGAGUUCAUAGUGGCCACCACACACCUGCUGUACAAUCCCAAGCGCGACGACGUGCGCUGUGCCCAGGUGACCCGGCUGCUUGAAGAGCUACAGACAUUUUCCGUUGAUCCAAAGAGUGGCCAAAUUACGCCCAUAGUAUUAACUGGCGACUUUAACAGCCUCUUAGAUUCUCCGGCUAUCGAGGUUCUCACUACCCAAGUACCCUGGCACUCGAGUGCCGAUAAACCCGAAAAGAUGCUCAAAUUUGAGGCUGUUCAUAUGGGACCGCCAGGACCACACCGCGUUGCGUCCACACGUCAAGACGACUGGAUCACCGUGGACUACAUUCUGCGCUCCCUAAGCGAUAAAAGCCAGCACCAGCUGCAGGUGGCUAGCAUUUAUGGCCUGCCCACGGUCAACAUCUGCUACCGCGUUGGACCCAUACCCAAUCACUAUCUGGGAUCUGAUCACUAUGCUCUGGGCGUUGUGUUUAACCUUGUUUAGAAACUAAACUAUAAGCUAUAAGCCGAAAGA